AGCCAUACCGCUUGGGUUGAAACUACAGUGGUUUAUUCCUUUAAAAAAAAAAAGUUUUCUGUCGUGGAGGAAUCUUUGAUAAUUUGCAGGAAGCUUGAGGUUCACUUCAAAGCCAUUAAGUUGCUGGGGAGGAAAGGCAAGGCAAGCUGUCUGCACUAGGCAUGCUCCGCAGUGACUGCUUCAUGCAAGGCUGGGCUCGCUCACAACACUUCCAAACGCAGAGAACAGAGGCAAGCAUGGGGGAGCCACUUGUGAUGGAUCCUGCUGGAGAGAGCUUUCUUGUGGCACAGCAGUGAGUGAAACCAGCACAACAUGUUCAGUGUGGAGGACCUCCUGAUUUCUCAUGGAUACAAAUUGUCCAAAACCCCCCCUGCUUCGUACGAGAACAGAAAUGAUGGAUACCAGCCUGAGAUUACAGAGAAUAGAACUAGUCGGGGAACGCUGAAUGGGUUUGAGACAGACUCUGGAGCCUACAUUUACACCAAGAAACCACUGGCAAAAGGCAACUUGAGCAGCAGCGAAGGCAGUCAUGGGAGCCAAGGGAGGCAUGCUGGUCCCGGUUACCACCCAGACCUCCGGGGUUUGUCUACUUUUCAUACUUCAGAAGCGGGGUUUUAUGACAGACCUCUGUUAGCAUGGUCUUCGGGGCCCAAGACUGAUAAAGAUCUGGCCUACUGGAGAAGAAGAGGACAAGACUUUAGCGUCUUACUGGAUUACACCGACAAAGGAGACUCUGAAAUGAAAGGAUUGGCACCACCCCAUGGAGUGUACAGACAUGCUAAAGAAAGUCAGCUGGAGGUAGGAGCAGGAACAGAGAGUGUGACGAGAAGUGGCUUGCAGGAGACCUGGAAAGUGCCCGGUGAUUACAAAUGGCAAAGUUUAAGAACAGAAAGCUGGAAACAACCUACAAAAUUUGGAAGACAAAUGUCUGAUGGUGAUAGAGAGAAACUGCUUCAAGAUCUAUACUCAUUGAGCCUGGGAGACAAUGUACUUAGCUCCCAUAACAAAGGGAAAUCACAAUCAUUGCCAAGAGUUCUUUCACCAGAGACCCUGAAGUGUGUGGAAAUACCCUCCCUGGUGAAUAAUCAUCACUUCCUAAGUGGAACUAAAGCACCCUCUGGUCCCCAAAACAGACUGCCUUUGGAAUUCACAAAACCCAGGGAAACUGGAAGCCACCUUCUUCCUCUGGCCAAGCCCAAGUAUGGCAGACCCCUUAAACCUCCAUCCUAUGAACUGCACCGACAGAUGAGGGCACCGGUAGAAACCAGUGGCUUUCAGGACCACCAGCAAACAGAUGAGCCUGUUUCAUAUUUAGCUAAAGGUAAUGAGCUGAAGCAAGACACUUACAUUCCAGACUCUGGUUUAGAGCCCCCUGUCUAUAUACCACCUCCAUCUUACAAGUCCCCACCUCAGCCAAGUGUGAAUCAGCAUUCCCUCAAUGAAGUGCCUAACUAUGACUUGUGCUUUGACAACAGUCAGCGGCAUCCAGUAGAGAGGACCCUCAGCAGCCAUCUACCCUUCACUAGCACAUUGGAAACUAGGGGUGAAGACUGCAAAGAUGACCACCUUCCUCAUGGAAAACAAAGCCAUUCCAGGCACACUGAUGACUACCUGCAUUCCAUUCAGUAUAUUCCUUUUGAUGAUCCUCGAAUACGGCAUAUUAAAAUAGCACAUCCAGAGAGCCUCCAGGACAACACUAAACACACUGAAAAUACAUGUAGGACCAAUCCUACUGCUUUGCAGGAGAGAACUAUCGAACUACAAUACAACAGUGCCUUUUUGGAUCCAUCAAACUUACUAAAUACUGUAAAGGGUGAGAGAAUUCCCGACAGCACCACAAAUAACAGGUGGUUGGCAGUAUCCAACAGAGAUCAGGAAAACUGGGCCUUGCCUGACCAAAGAGACAGUGGUGACACAGAUAAUCACCUCCCUGAAAAUGAAAGUAAUCAGGAGUACCCAAAGGGCAACCUUUCUGUAAGAAACCCACAUAUGGAUAGCACCUGUGAGACUGUUACUAGAGUAAAAAAGUUUGAACCUGGAACUGGGAUGCAGAGCAAAAAGAGUUCAAAGAAAAAAAUGAAUGAAACUAUAUUUUGUUUGGUGUCCAUCCCAGUUAAAUCUGAAUCAAAUCUGCCAGAUACUGAUAGGAACAAUAACUUAACACAGAGCCCUGAUAAGAAGAAUGAAUUUGAUAACAAUGGAGCUUUGCAAGAACAAAGUCUUUUAAGUAUGUCUUCCACCGACUUGGAGUUACAAGCUCUCACAGGAAGCAUGACCAAUAAAACCGAGUUACAAAAACAAGAGCUGUGGAAACCAGAGGAGUUCAAACAAACGAAUGACCUCAGAUUUACUCAGCCUACAAAACACAGGGAACUCAAAUACUCUGGCUCUUGGCCAGGUGAUCAGUACAAAGACCAGCAAACACAGACCUGUUUCACUGAAGACUCGAAAAGGUCACAGUUUUUCCAUGGUAUAAAACCUGGUGAACCAAAUAAUAAAUUGAUGGCUCCAAAAUUCUUAGCCUGUACAGUGUCUUUGGUUGGGUCAGAACAGGCAGGUUUAUCCCCCGAUGACAGAAAAUGUAGGCAGAAUACAUACAAUAUGAAAGGUCAGAUGAACCUCAAUCCAUCCAGCAAUAGUGCUUUUUCAAGGACUGCCACCUCAGUAAUUCAGGUACAUUCACCAAAGGCAUACCAGAGCCAGCCUUAUGGGUCCUGCACAACCAUGCCUACCCAGGAAAGGGAAACUGGCACAAUUCCCAGGGGCGAUGUGGUCAAGGGCAAAGCAAGUGCUCCCUGCAAGAGUAAAGAACUAUUUGGUCAGUUUCUCUUGAAACCUGUUGGUCGCCGUCCCUGGGAUGCAAUAAGUGAGUUAGAAAGUUUUAACAAGGAGCUCCAAGAACAGGAAGAAAGCACUAGUAGUGAAGAUAGCGUGGAGAGUGAGGGAACAAAGCAGGACUGUGUUCCUACAAAGAUAGGGACCUCCAGAACUGAUGAAUCAACCCAGGAACUCAGACCUUGUAAGCAGCUAAAAACUGUGGUACCAGAUGGUCCUGUAUUUAAACAAGGAAGAGUUAAAAGUAAGUCUGAAAGUUGGAGUACGGAGCUUAAGUCUGAUGAUCCACAUAUCUGUGUUGGAUCACAAAGCUCCUUGAAUGCGAAAGAGAGCAGUAGUUUAAUCAAGCCAGCAGAUGGAAGUGUGAUAACAGAAACAAGAAACCAGGAAGUCAAGAACAGAACAAACAAACAGGGAGCUAGUUCAGGCCCAGUCAAUAGAGUUUUGUCCAGUAGUCCAAAUAAUGCAAAUCAGAGUAAUCCAUUCAAUCAUGUGGACUUAAAGGAGACAAAAGAGGAUAGAAAUUACAUAGCUAAUAUGUUAGAUUUUGUAAAACGGAACAAAAGCGCAACUCCCAGGAGUGAUAAACCUUUAGAGAGAGGAUCUAUAGUAAGAUUGUCUUUAACUAGUAGAAAUCAAGGUCAUUCUGAGCCAGAUUUGAGGUCGGUGGGACUGGAUAUUGAUCCUGAACCUGGUGCUAACAACUCUGAUUUUUCUUCUAAUGCAAAUGCAAUGGAGAUCCCCCAAAAUGAGUCACUGCAGGCAAGAGCUGCAAGGAUUCUGGGUAUAGAAGUAGCAGUGGAGUCUCUAAUUCCUGGGAACAGAACUGGCCUCCACCAAUACACCAGUCCUGCAAAUAGUGUCCAGGAUCCUGAAUUACCAGUAGGUGGAAUAGUACGUGACAAAGUAGAAACAAAAGACCGGUCUUAUGAGGGCAGACGAAAGUGUGGCUGGACAGAAAGUUCUCUCUUUGUUGGAGAGAGAGACUUCUCGUUUUGGACUGGUGAACACCAGAGCACUGACCAAGAAGCCAGAUCUAAAACUCUGGUAAUUGAGCAAGGUUUUGAAGAGCAUGCGGGUCUCAACAGGCAAGAUGAGGAUCCAGACCUGCCUUGCAAGUCUGUUACACAUCAACUUGCUGAAAGAAACGUGAUCAUUCCGAGCUCGGAAAAGAGAGUUAGAAGCACCUCAAAGGUGAUUGAGACGUUACAAGGCAAACUUGCCUCUCCCCCUAGCCGAACAGUCAUGGAUCGUUUGGUGCGAAUGAAAGAAGUUGACUCGGUUUCCCGUAUGCGGCGUCUGAGUAUCAAGAGUGCAGAUUCAGGGGAGGAAGUAGAUGAGGAGAAACCUCCAAGGGUACAAGAGGAGAGAGGAAGCUAUGCCCCACUCAGCAGUAAUGAACUCUCUCGCAAAAUGGUGCACACAGGUGCGGUUUCCAAGCGCAUUAUCUCUCUCGAUGAAAAUGGACACGUAACUACGAUAGGCAAGAAGAAGGCUGACCGAGAUUUUUGUUUAGAUAUGUACGAUCCCUCCAGGGUUGAAAGGGUGUGAGCUGAACACCGAUGAGAAUCUAGAGACGUCUGCUCUCCUAAGAAUGUUUUGCUGAUUUUUGCUCUGUGUUUUAACACUUGGAAAUUGCCUCCAUUCGUGCUGUUUAUGAUAUUCUGAUAAAGCCUUUAACACUGCCAAUAGGAAAUUAGUUAUUCACACAUAUCUGCUUUGCGGAGAUCACAGAAAACUCUGACUCUUACUUGGAUACCAUCUGUUUUUUGUAGCAUUAAGACUUAAUGCCUACACUUGACAAAGAGUUUUCAUCUAAACGAUGUUUAACAGUCUUCAGCUGGGAUAGUAAACUCAAUGAGGCUAGGCUUUGGAGCUUAUUCUUCUGUGUACAUUUAAACACAGGAGAUUAGUAAAAUGAUUUUAAAGGAAUGUGAAUUUAUAAGCUAAACUUCUGAAUCUCUAAAGCCAAAACUUUGCUUAAGUUGAGGAAUCUUUGGCCAUAAGACAUGAGUCAUGAGUGCUGCUGCACUGGGGGGGGGGGGGGGGGGGGGGGGGGGGGAGGGGGAUGCUUUGGAAUGAAUGCAAGAUAAAGCAAAUGAAGAUUGAUUGAUUGUGAAAUCAGUUUGGACUUCUACAGUUUGAAUUAAUUUUGAUUAAAUACUUAUUUGCCACAUGUAGAGAAAAUAAAAGCAAACUCCCCAAAGCUCCUAAAAGAGCAAGACUUUUGUAGUACAGUGUACACAACAUGUAAUUACAGUAGCUGGCAACUAAAUGUAUUGAACCAAUGCAAACAAUACCACUGGCUGUUUUGCACUCAGUAUUAUCUAUUUGUGUUUUGCUGUUUAGAAAUUCUUUAUAUGACACAAUAAUUGCUGGUUUAAAAUAGCCCAUUUUAACAAAGUUAACUAUAUUUCUUGUUACAGAAUACUGUCUAUUUUUCUACGAUGUAAACAAUUGUUAAGUGGCCAGUAUAAAGACAUUAUUAUUAUUAUUAUUAUUAUAUUUUAAGAAGAAUAAUUCUUUUGACAGAAGACAGACGAAGGAGGGGUCACUUAUGUAUCUUAAUGCACGUUCCAUAUGGCCUCAUAGCCAGUACUGCCACUUUCUUUUGUUGUGAAAAGAACAGUCAGUGUAUAUGUAUGUAUAUGGAGUACAGGGUUAAUUUCUACAAUUUUCCCCUCAACUGUUGGAUCGUUCUUCUUGGAGCAGCUCUUUGGAGAACACAGCUGCGAACCAUCCAUGCUGGUAUUCCUGCCAUAACAUUCCUCGGGCUGUAAUUACCAAAACGUGGGUUUGGAACCCUGUCUCGGUGUCUGGGAGCAGCUCUGAUAAAAUACCUGGGUUGGUUUGUUAAACAUUUUUUAUGUGGUUUGGUUUUGAAUUAGGCUAGUGCGUGAAAAUAAAUAAAUCUGGGUCAAAUUCACCCUUGGAGCCAAUGGGCAUCACCAAAGGGGGUGGAUAGAUUUGGACAGCUUCUUUGUGACAUUCAAAUAUAUGGCUUUUUAAACAAACAUUAAAGAGUAUAUUAAAAGGCCUGUACAUUCUGCUGUGUUUAAUACUGAAUUAACCUGCACAAUGUUUGUGUUUUUAAAGCCUUUAUGUCCACUUCUGGGGGUUUUUUAAGUGUUGUUUGCUGACAUUCUUUUGACAAUAUAUCCAUGAAUUUCAAGAGCUUUGUUACAAGCCGUUCUUGCUUUGGAGAACCACCUUAUCUUUUAAACAUUUCAGAUUCCUGAAAUAUAAAUUUUUGGGUGGUCUGUGAGUUGGCAAAAACAGACCAAACACACAUACUGUGCUUUGGCAGCAAGAAUUUCUUAUCUGUAACACAUGAUUCAGUUACACAGGAACUUCAUGGAAUUUUUAAAAGUUUUGUUACAUAUUCAAAGAAAAUGUGAUUGUAUAAUUUAUUGAACUGAAUCUUGCAGACUUUCUCCAGCUCUACUUGUGAACAAUCUGUAUCCAUAAGGCUUAGCCAUCGCCUGCUCCUUUCUAAAUCUGGCUUCUCUGGUUGUAAUACCAUAAUAGGCUGCAUUGUCAACUCAUCACUAGCAACAACCUAGACCAUCUCUGUGCUAGUAAUAGCUACAAAAUAAGUUUCUCCCCUUGCUCUCUCAGGAGAGUCACACUCUGGGGUUUUUUGUUUGUUUGUUUGUUUUUUAAAUGAACCACUUGAUGUCAAUGAUACUGUUGAGUAGCAAAGCUGAGAUGCCUGGCAAUAACUUGAAUUUCAGGAGAACUGUAAACUGCCAUCCAUCACCAGUCCACUUACCUGCAGUUCAUGGCUGUAGGGGAUAAGCCGUUUAUUCUGUAGGGAAUAAUCCGCAAAUUUAGGCGGGGGGAAUUAACAAUUUUUUCAAUGUAUCUGUUGUGUAAAUCCAUCGAGAGUGGAUAAAGUGAAAUGACCAGGGCAUGUAAACAGCCAACAUCUUAAAGAAAGGUGAACAGAGAGUAGGGGAUGAUUUAUUGCCUAUGCGUGGAAAAUUAAAAUCUAGACAGCAGGUUUAUAAACCUGGUGGUACAGUAGUUUGUGGCUGACCUACAGCUGAAACAACAGGAGCACUAAUGCUAUAAGAACAUGGUAUAUUUGUCUAACAACACUGGUCAUGUCCUUUCCUACUAAGAUACAAUACUCUAUCCUCUUGAAUGUGUAUUAUUCAUAAAUCUGUAGUCUGGUUUUUCUACAGCACAUGUGUCAUUGUUAAGGAAGAUGGCUGUCUGGCAUGGAACCAGUGGCUAACGCUAUAGUGGAUAAGUCCAAGAGGCUUUUGCCAGAUGCAGUUAGCAUUCAGCAUAGGGACACUUUUACUUGCUGGGACAAAAGUCCCAGACUGAUCCUCAUAAAAAGCUAAGCCAUGAAUAUAGUUUCUGUCUCUGUGCCUUUCUUACUGGGUGUCUAAAACCAUGCCCACUAGUGGCAGGAACUAACAAUGGUGGUGGAGGUAGUCUCAGCAGAAAGACCAAGAGCCUGAUUGUCCAUUUCCCUACACCUUGUGUAUCAAUUACACCAAAUCAGCGUGGGUGCAAAAUGCCACCAAAUCAGAAUAGCAGUGGAGCAUCAGGCACCGAAUUUCGUUGGUGGUCCCUCCAAGUACUGGUGUAGGAAGCGUGCACUGCUGCAGCCAUUCUGUGAGUAAACAAGACAGCAGGCUCCGGUGUGGCUAGCCUUGUGUAACCCUCUAGAAGCACUACAUUUCCAGGCAUUCCCAAAUAUGUAUAAAAAGAAUUACUGCCCGCUUUAAAAAUAAAAAAAGAGUAACGGGAAGAGUCCUCUAGAACCCACCAUCAUCUUCCAUUUUUCCAUCAAGCUUCAGAGUGAAUAAUCAAUCCAAAGAACUAGUCAUGUUAUUGCCAGUGCAAUGACACAACCUUCAGGAAGAAGGUGAGAGCCCCAAAUCCGCAGCCGCUUUUCUUCUGUCGGGGAAGAAGUGUAAGUAGUCAGAUUUCACAGCUCCUUUCCAUGCUUCUCUGCAUUGUUCACUCCCUUGCCAAGCACAAACAACGGGGAGUCACGCUGGUUUCUAGCCUAUGCAGUGGGCAGAUCCUCUAGUUCCACAUGGAGUUCUAGGGCAGCUAAUGGGAUUUUCUGCAGGCCGAAGCAGCCACUUGCACAGAUCCAUCCUUCUGCAGGACUGGGGUUAAUUUGUGGUUUACAUUUCCUUUAAAGAAUCACUACUAUUCUAGCGCAGGUUCCAGACCUUGCUGAGGGGGAGGAGUAAGGGACAGGAGCGUGUAGCCUUAGGUCUCCUUGAAAUAAUUGGAGCCUGUCUGGAAAAAGUCUGUUAAUGGCCAAAGAAAUCUGGCAAUUGAAAUGCCGAGCCAUGUACUUGCAUGAGUGCUCACCCAGCCAUUAAAUUAACUCAGAACAACCUUUCUAGGAGUAAAAAAUACCGUAACUUAGCCUUCACAAUUUCAGGUCAUUCAAAGCAAAGAUCAAGGUAGAUUGUACCAGCGGGGUAGUCUGUGAGUCAGACACCAGUAUCCUAUACAGGGCCACCAAGCUCCCUCAAUUUAGGUCCAGUGGGGAGACUUCCUAGUAGUGCAAAGUCAUUAGAGGUAAAUACAGUAUUUCAUACACUACAGCACCCAACCAACCUUGAAAAGAAGUGAUUGUUUACACUCUGUGUUUAAAAUUUACAAGUAAUACAAAUAAUGUGUCAAGUUUGUGCCUAUCUGAAAAUCUCCAGUCCAGCAGGCUUGUUUAUAUAUAAAUAUCUGAAUUUAGUAAAAAGGCUUUUGCUUCUUCAGUAAGUUGAAGUGAUAGAUAUAUGGUCAGUGUUCUGCUGCCUUGGAAGCACACGCAGCCUGUUGACUGAGGGGUUUCUAGUGCUGGCACUUAUGCUGGGAAUCGAAAUUUAACUUUUGCUACCCUUCGCUUUCAUUAGGAGUAGGACUGAACUCCUACAUACCUGGUGUAGGGGAAGGGGAGAAAGAGGGUGAGUGUGGGGGGCAGGCAGAAGGUAAAGUUAUUUUGCAUUACUAAUUGCGAAUAGCAGAAGAUCCUUCAACUGUACACUGGCUGCUGCAGCUCAGAUUCCAGGCUCCCAGGUUAAGCUGGUAAAACUGGAAACAGACUCUUUCCUUGAUAGGACCCAUUAGACCAAAGAGGCAAGUGGAGGCAUGAGCUAAACUGUAUCAUAAGCUGUGUUAAAUGGAAUGGAGAGAAUUGGUAGAUUGUCUGUGGAUCAUGGUCCAUAAACUGAUAGUUUCUGCGACAGUUGGUUUCUUCUAGGUUGGACUCAACUGCUCUCCAUAAUUCGGUUAUAUAGACACUAGGGCCACAAUAUGGCAGCCCUUAUUAACUCACACAAGGAGCCCCACUGAUUUAAUUGGGAUUACUCCAAAGGGUGCGAGUUUACAGGCUCAUGCCUGCAAACCCACAGACAACGGCUAAAUUGCUGAAGCCAUUGAAACACUGUUAGGGCGGUUGAAAUGCUAAAACAUUAUUUGCAAUUUAAUUCUCUUAUUUCCAACUCACAUGAAAAUAUUUACCAGAAGCCUCAAUGUGGGAGUAAAUCAAAGCUGUUUAUCCUAACCACUGUUUAAAAUAAAUUGUUUGAAACAAAGAAGAAGAUGAAUCCUGCUAUCCCUAGCAAAACCAAAAUCCACAAUCCUCACCACCACCCAUUCUGCCAACUGUGUUUGCAACAUGCCUCCCAGUGUUACAGUGCAGGGAGUGGGUGAAAAGAACAAAAAGUCUGAAGUGACCAACACAGAGCAGAGAGAAGAAAUAAAAUGAAAUUUCCUAUCCGGGGGAAACCGCAGGAACAUAGAGAUUAUACAAUAAAUGAGGAACGUUCCACCCUAGCCAGUAGAAAGCCGAGCAGUCCAACUCUCAACUGGUGGAAAAAAUAACCAGAAACAUCCCACAAGUAAUUCCUAAACUGAGCAGAAAACAAGAAGAUGUAAAAUACAGACAAUAUGCAUCAGUGUACAUGUGUUGGUCUUUAUGUAAAACGGGAAGUAUUUCUAGAGAGAGAGCUUCAACAUGUGGGUCAUCUCCACUGCCAACAAUAAGUCAUUGCCGUUGAUCUCUGCUCUAGACAGGCCAAGAGGGGAUUCAGAGGGAUAAAGGGAGGAAACAGGGAUAAGCAACUACAAUAAUAUUUGUAUAAUAUUGCAGGAUGAAUGUCUUUAAGGAUUUCUUUGUAUUUUUCUGCACAAUGUAAACACUAUGUUUUCAUACUACCGUGUAAGUCAGGUGGCGCUUUUGGCCAACAAUAGACAUUCUCCAAAUAAAGGUUUUGCAUGAA